UAAUACAUUGAGCUACAAAAAAUGCAUUAAUUUCAGUCAUAGAAAUGACCAGGUAGCCUGUAUUAAUUCGUAGAUGUUCCGCAAAAUAAUUAAGACCAUCCUUUUUUUGCUUGGCAUUGGGGGUACCACGUGUGUCGCUGCGAGUAAAGAAGAGAGGGCUGAGAGAAGGGACAGUCAGGCGGCAGCGCAGUGAGAAGCAACACGAGGAGCAUCACACAAGCAGGGCGUUCCUACACCUGGAGAGAAACGCAGGGACCGCGGCGGAAAACCCCUAAGCGGACAACGCAACGGCGAUAUCGUCUUUGUUUUAAAUUUCCGCUCCUAAAGAGAUUCAGAAUACACUUUAACGAUUCCGCAGAGCCGGUCUGCGAACAUGUAGCCUACUUGUUUUUUGACGAGAUAAAGUUAAAAGGCUCCUUUGAUUGCGCCCCACGUCCAUGUUUUUACCCUUGGGAUUGACUCUAAAAAAAUACGUUACCGUGGAGAAAACGGGAAAAUAACCGAGGGGAACAGAACUGUUUGAAGCAGGUGAAGUCUAGAUCCAGAUAAAAUUAACCUUGCAUUAUACUACCUGUAGGAUUACGCGCAUCACAGAUUUGGGGAUGCGCAUCGAAGUACAGUCAUUUUGUACUCAAGUGCAAUGAAACCCAAAUUUAGUCGAUCAGAACACACGCCGGUUCGCUUCAACAGAGAUCGUAUUUAUUUUCCGGGUUUCAUCCCAUUCUGUGUUUAUCAUGCAGACCUAUUUAGGCUGGAUAUCGGUACAUAUGGAACCAUCGAAAAAUCUGAUUUUAUGGGUAGAAGAUAUUUAACAAUGAGAAGUCCGUAAAAGCCAGAAUCGUUUAAUCCACUGCGCAAUAAUGUAAAAUAAAUAUUAAAUAUACAUUACGCUUAGAGCAAUAUAUGUAGGCUAUAAGUAGCCUUUGAUCAAAUCUCAUGCAAUUUUGGUGCGCCAUAUGCAUUUAUUAUCAUUCAGAAGUUUGAAUGGAACUGCACUGGACGACUCAGUCAUUUUAUGCAUUCAACUAACUGCAGGAUCCUGCGCCCAUGGUUUUCUGCCCUUGAAUGGGAAGCUUUCUUUUACCUCAACGCCAAAAGAUUAGCGCUGGAACCUGAUAUUGCUUUUUUACUGACCCGAGCUGCGACACCCUAUCCUGAACAACAAGUGGGAAAAGCUAAGUGCCAGUGAGCAAACUGAACUAUAUGAAGAUCGCGACACAGUGGUUGGUGCUCGCUCGCAGAAAUGCCCGUGCGUGCUGUCACUUCCACCUUCAUGUACAGGGGACUCUGCACAAUUCCUGACAUCCUCUCCUAUCGCACCCCCGUCAACCUCCCGGAGGACGAAGUGGAGGAGAUUCGCGAGGCGUUCAAAGUGUUCGACCGCGAUGGGAACGGAUUCAUCUCCAAGCAGGAGCUGGGCACCGCCAUGCGCUCCCUGGGGUACAUGCCGAACGAGGUGGAGCUGGAGGUCAUCAUCAAACGGCUGGACAUGGACGGUGACGGCCAGGUUGAUUUUGAGGAGUUUGUCACCCUGCUGGGCCCCAAACUGUCAGCCGCAGGGAUGCCUGACAAGUUCAAUGGAACAGACUUUGAUUCUGUGUUCUGGAAGUGCGAUAUGCAGAAGCUGACGGUCGACGAGCUGAAACGGCUGCUGUACGAAACGUUCUGCGAUCACCUGACCAUGAAGGACAUCGAGAACAUCAUCAUGACUGAGGAGAGCCACAUGGAGAGCUCGGAGUGCCAAGUGGAUAUCGACACGAGCCCGAUGCAGCAGGUGAAACACACCUGUGUGAGGAAGAGCCUGAUCUGUGCCUUCGCCAUCGCGUUCAUCAUCAGCGUCAUGCUCAUCGCGGCCAAUCAGAUGCUGCGCAGGGGCAUGAAGUAGGAGCUUCCCCUUCGUCGCCGAAGGGACGCUCGCGAACGGACAGCUCUGUGAAUCCCUGACCACGUCUUCCUCCCCCCCUCCCCCCGUCCGCUGUCUCCCGAACCAGAGCCCGCGCUCCCUCAGCCUCCUUCACCUGGAACGCUGGAACAUCCCUGCACAGCCUGAUCACGCAGCCAUCACCUCUGCCAUCAGCUCGUUUAGAGUGACACUUCAGUAAGAGUUGGGGACUGGACGGAUCGAUACCGAGACAUACGGAAAUAGGAGUGCGCUACGUACAACAGUGGCGCAGUCUGUGAGUGCAGCAUGUAGCCUUGGCGUGACAGAUCCCCUGCUGAGAAGAUGGUAUAGCUCAUUCUGAUGUCACACUGAGGGGCAUCAGGAACCACUGCGGUUCGGGGGGAGAAACGGGAGAUGGCGCAAAGAAACUGCGUUUAUCGUCCGUCUUUCCUACGUCUCUUCUCUGUCUGUCAUCUCUCUCUCCGUUUCUCUCUCCGUCUCUCCUCUGUUUUCCUUCCUGGUCUCUCCUUUGUCCGUCCAUCCAUUGUGGCGGUCUCAUCCGAUUCAAUAUGACAAUUACCAAAAUGAUCCAAAAUGCAAAUCAGACUGAGGGAAAAGCAUACCGAUACUGCUACCAAAUCAACAAUUAAUGCAAAAAUGAGAAAAUACAUCAUAUGUAUCAUUUUACAUUGAUACACUAUGCUAUAAUAAUAAUAAUAAUAGCUGCAAGCAGCAAUUAAAGGGGCCAAGUGGCCACAAAUAUCCAACUGCCAGUGCUGUCACUUAAUUUAUUGCUUUGCGCUAUGAAACCCACAUAUGUGCAUAAGUACGUGUUGUAAUCAUAUUAUAUAGAUUUGUCCAUUUUCAAGCUGAACACAGAAGGAUACAAUCAAUAAAUAGCGCUUCUAUGCAUACGUGCAAACACUGGCCAUGUAUAAAUAUGUUUUUUUAUUGUGUACCUACACUGUGUACCUACCUUGUGGCCGUUUGGUGUAACUGCACUGUUUAUGAUACAUAUUUAUGCCAGAAAUCAGCGCUUGUGCAUAUUCAGUGUUUGGUAUUUACAGUGAUUAACAAUCCCCAACAGUUUCAGACACAAGCUAACACAUUUCAAUUCAGAUUUUUAACUCUUUAUAUUUCUGAUAGUAUAAUAUUGUGAUACAGCAGUGUCAAGAAAAAACUAAUAUUUAACAUUAAAGAUCAUAUACUUUUCAUUUUGAAGGUAUCAGUUGCAACAACAAUUGUACAAAUCAAGAUACUGUCAUUGUGUAUUAAUAAUAUGCAAUUAUUAUAAAAUAUUGCUUGUAUGUCUGUAAAUGAAAAGGGAAGCAUUAUUUUUUAUUAUAAAUAGGCUUUAGUUGUCUCUACAUUUAUCUAUUAGUUACAGGGAACUCUGUGAUGUGUGUGGUGAUUUCUGAAUUGUAUCCUUUUUGCACCAAAGGUCGAACAGUGUUAAACUGGUAGGGUCCAAAUUUGGUUGUGCAAUAUCAUUGUAUCUUGAAACUAGUCUGGGAUUUAGCAAACCUUGUUGCACUGAAUGAUUUGUUGAAUUAGCGUGGGAGUUUAUCAAGAGUGAACAGUGCAACAUAAAAUUUUUAUGUUAGAGCAUUAAACACAACAAAUGCGUGUAGUGCUUUGAAACUGCAGACAGGCAUAAUGACAGGAGUAAUUUUCAGAGAAAAUGACAAGAUGAAUAGGAAAAGGUUUAUGAAGUGCCAAAUUGUUCUUCAUAAAGAGUGCAAUUAUAACAAGCAGCCACCAAGUAGAACCCUAAGGCCAAAAAUGAACUACCUGUAAAUACCAUUCAGUAAUUCAUUAUAACUUUCUGUGCUCAAAUUUAGUGACAUCUAUAUAGUAUGGUUACAAUAUGUUCUUGCAUACUUAUUUAACCUUAAGCACUAUAUGUUAAAUUCUCAAUGUGAAGAAUUCAUGUCAACAGUGAAUGGGAAAUUACUUUUUAGGCGAAUUGUACUUUUGUGAUGCGAUUCAUUUAAAGUAUUUGUCAUAACAGGUAUACCAGUUCUAGCAUUAAUUGUCAUCCAUUACACCUUCAUAUGUCAAAUUCAUAAUGACCUAAUUGUCUUCAUGUCAUCUUGAGCAACCACCAGAAAUGGGAAUUUUUAUAAUGCAAAGCAAUACUUUAUUUUGUGUAGGUUAUUUAGGACACAUCAAAAUUGCAGUGAAUCACUAGGUACAAAUACAUAUCAUGUUGUGUCACUGCAGCAUGCUUGGAAUAUUUGUAAAAUAUUUAAAGUUUAAAUUAAUAUUGCGUUUUUGUUUCAUAUUUGGAGUUGUAGAGCACCAAUAUGUCUUUUGAUUUGUUCAGUUCUUAAUAGUUACCAUGCCACCAUCAUUAAUGUGUGGAUAAACAUUCUAUGUUUCAUCAAAUUCUGUCAAACCACACAGAAUAAUUGUUUUUUAUGCAAAAAAAAACCGUGCCCGCAUGCUAGUUAAUUGGUUUACUGCAGCAACAUUUAUUUAUUUAUUUAUUUAUUUUAUUAAAUUUUUUGUGUAGCAAUUUGGCUUAUACAUGUUUAAAACAAACAUUUUUUAUUUUAUUGUCAGCUUUAUAGCACCACCCUGUGGUUCAAUCAUGCAAAUUCUUUAGGGAAAUCCUCGGGAUAGAGUUAUCGAGAAACGUACAAAGUUUCAUCACUUAAUGUAAAACUGUUUGUGAUUUUUUUGUUCAAAAACCACACCCUCGUGUAAAUUCAUUGGCUUACGACAGGCACAUUUUUAAGCAUAGCAACUGUGUCUAUAUGACUUUGAAGAUAUUCACGAGUACAUGUAACAUUCCAAGUUUUGUGCAGAUAAGCCAAAAUGUCUAGGAGAUUAAUUUCUAAGAAUUUUAUAUUAUUAUUCUAAAAUGCAUAAAAAUCUUACCACAUGCCCUUUUUUGCGGAAGGGAUGGAUUUGUUCUAUGAGAGGAUAUUAAUCUAUGAGAAAACAAAUUUCCAUUCUAGGUCAAAGGCGACAGGAGUUAUGGCCUGUCAAAGUUUGCAUUUUUAAUUAUUUGUCACUAAGUGGUCAGGGUCAAAAUCACUAAAAAGCAUCAGGCAAUUUUGCUAGAACUGGAAAGAAAACAGUGUAAGAAAGCAUUGGUUCUUGCCCCCCUAUUAUUAAGAAGAAGAAGAAGAAGAAGAAGAAGAAGAAGAAGAAGAAAAUUGAGUUCAAGAGAGCAAUAUCACAGAAAGAGAACUGCUACUGUGCCAUGUGAUCAUUUGUACAUAAAAAGCUUAAUUGUGUUGCCCUUGGAAACGUCUGUCUCCAAAACACUCAACUUAGGAAAACCACAACAAAAAUAUUCAAAACCUUAAAGCCAGACAGAAGCUUGCCCUUAAAUUAAAUUAAAUUAAAUUAAAUUAAAUUAAAUUAAAUUAAAUUAAAUUAAAUUAAAUUAAAUUAAAUUAAAUUAAAUUACUGGUGUGGUGUGGUGUAUAUUUAUUUCUUUAAAGGAGAUACCACAAAGAAACAAUAGUGGAAUAGUGGAACCACAAUCACCUCAAAUGUGCCAUGACCAAUCUGUGGAAGAGCUGGUUAGAAAAGGACUUUUCCUUGAUGCAAAGUCAAUACCAGCCUAGUGCUGCGAGUAUUCCACUUUCUGUGUGCAAGUCAAUACCAGCUGAGAUCUGUGAGCAUUUUCUUUCCUGUGUGUGAUCCAAUCCCAGCCCAGAGCUGUGAGCAUUUCUCUUCCUGUGUGUGAGCCAAUCCCAGAGAUCUGUGAGCAUUUCUCUUCCUGUGUGUGAGCCAAUCCCAGCUCAGAGCUGUGAGAAUUCCUGUCUCUGUAUGCACAGGUGUAAUGAGAUUAACUGCAGGUUCAACUUUUCAUUCCCUUCCAGUCUUUAUCUGAUAGACAGGAAACAUAUUUCAUCACCCCAAAAUAGAAAUAACAAUUACAAAGGGGCAAGGUUUGUUUUAAAAGUUUGUUUUCCAUUUGAAAUUAUUAUGCAAAUUUAAGCAGAUAACAUUAUAUUAAUUUAUAGUACUAUUAAUGAUUGUGGUACAUUGUGAAGUAAAUAGUAUAUCUGUGAGGCUAGGAAAUAUAUCAUACUCAGUUUCCAGUGCUUCAAAAGCACAUCUAAACACAUUUAACAUAUCAUAAUUGAUUUUGGUUUGUUUGGACAUGAGUGUAUUUUUUUAAUCAGGGCUCGGUGUUCAGAAUGUAAUAAUUAAAAUGAUCAGGUGUCUACUGUGAAAUUUUGUGAUGAAUGUUUAUCUAUAAAGAAAAUGAUAAUGAAUCACUCAACAGAAAUAACCAUUUUUAUUUUGCACUAAAAGAGACCAUUGUCUUCCUACUUUACUUCAUAAAGUUUAUUUUAUUGUAGAAAAUAUAGGAAUAGAGUAUUAUGACAAUACAAUAAAAUAUAUAUUUUUAUCUUGUUCACUUUCUAUCGCACAUUAUAUAAAACAAUGUUAAACUUCGCGAAGGGAGAGGGUUUGUGUUUGUGUCGUAGCUGACUAACCCCUGCGCUCUUGUAUUUGGUACAUUCUCAUGGUAAUACGUUAGCUGAACUAUUUGCCAUAAAGCCUAGCCUGUUUAUUAUUAGUUUAGUUUAGUUUAUUUGACAAAAUUAAAACACAUGUAUCAAAAGACUUGCGUGUGAAGAAAUUGUCAAGGAUAACACGAAAAAGUCCUGGACUUAUUUCCAUCGUGGUUCUUGAUGUUCCAUCAGCCAUUAUCAUUAUUGGUCAUAAGAAUAAGUCAUUGCACUCUCAUAAUGUAAACAUAAUUGUCAAUACUGCAGAAGAGAUAGAAAAUGAUUGCAUUCGUUAUGAUAGCAUUUUGUCCAGGUCACCAGUUUUUCCUCAGCAGUUUUUUUUUACCUGCAUUUCAGUCAUGAAGUCAGCUGAGUCUUUGUUGAUGACACGUCUGGAACAGUUCUCAGAUUUAACAUCCCCAGUCAUCCAAAUUAAGCACUGCUUAAUGGUGAUCGACAGCUAUGUCCCACACAGAUAAUGCUGCAUUCAGUGUGGUUAUAAGAACCAUAGAUGCAUUGGCUAUUUGUUUUGACUGCACUGUGGAUGUGCUGACCCACUGGUAUCAGUUCCAGGGCUUCACAGUUUAGGUUGGCUGAGGGCACGUUUUUCUGUCUCGUUAAAUAUGCAAGUCUUUGGUUGUGCCAACUGCACUGUGGUUGUGACCCAUAAACGGGACAACGAGUGGAGAUUUUGCCUAGCAACUGGUGAUUUUUUAUUUAUUUUUUAAAUGACACAUGGCUACUGAAAAUGAAACCGAAAAGUUUUCAACUUUCUAUUUCGGUUUUAAUUCUGGUCUGAAUAAUUCUCCAGGCCUAGUUUCGUUUUCCAGUUUCAUUUUUGUCCGAGUAAUUCGCCAUACAUGAUGAAUCAUGUGUGGAAAAAGCCAGCUCCCAACCUCAGAGAAUGGCAAACUAGCUGGCCAACACAAUUACUUUACAACAGCGAAUCAGGAAUUGGUCAUUGUCGGCGAGUUGUUGUAGCACUUUGCCGUUGGGGGGAAAAACGCAAAAUUAAAUAGUAAAUUUGACAUGGGUUUAGUUUGGUAAUUAAGGCUGUCUUUUGUACUGCACUGUCAGCAUUCAUUAUGUGUGUGUGUAAAAUAAGAAUCCAGUGCCUGAAUUGCAAAAAUAACGUGAGGCUUAUUAUAAUCUUUCUGCUUAAAUCGCCACUGUUCACAACUCCUACAAGUUUAUCCGCCGUGGAAAUUGCUUGUCCCUGCCAUCUGUUCGCUCGUCUGUGACCACAGCCAUGUUGUCAGCCAACCUAACCAGUUGAUUUACAUUUUGUUUACGCAGCAGGCCACAGCACAUACUGCUGCCUAAGUGGCUUUCGCAGAGCAGUUUGCCCGUUGAUUUCAUGCUUAUUGGGGAAAUUAAUGUGAUUUGGGACUAUCUGGUUUUUUUUUUUGUUUGUUUGUUUCUAGUGGAAGGUCUGCGCUCAAAAACACACCUGUCAAAUCAUGGAUGAUAGCUAUCUGCUGAUCUGUUCUGUGCCAGCUGAUUUGUUCUCUGAAAAUGCCUAGUUGUUUUGUUUUCAUGUGUGGAUAAAUUGCAGACUGUGUGUGCACGGUACCAGGUAGAUACCAGUGUGCUUGGUCGCUUGAAGACUUUUGAUUGGCAUUCCAUCCAUGUUCACAUUCUCUCCUCUCUGCGUGCUAGGAAAACAAAUUGAUUAAUCCAGCACCAACUGGAACCCCAAGAUGAUGUUGAUUAUGAUGCAAGAUUAAAUCCCUCAACUGCAUAGGAAACAGCAUGGUUUAUCUAGGAUAGUUUUGUCACCUGCAAUUCAGUAAUUCCUCAGUAAGAAUAAAACUUAACUUUCUUAUCAGUCAAUUGUCACACCCCCCCCUCCCCAGCAAUCAACAUCAAUUAGCAUUGGUUAAGCACAGAUGAUGGCUGACUGCAAUGUGCCCAAACUGUCAGGUGCUGUUUUCAGAUAUCUGCUGAACCCAAGAUAUUUUUUUAUAAUGUUGGGUGAUAACUUUUCCCCCUUAGCACUCGAAACUAGACAUUAAAAAUGCUAUUAUAUUUCCUACCCAAAGAUUGUUAUCUGUAAAGAUUGUUACUCUCACGAGUGGCAGCUUUUUGGAAAUUGCUAGCCAAAAUGCCAUUUGCGAAGCGUCCCAAUGUGAGCAUUAUAUGUUUAAUGUCAGUGCAUGCUUUCAACAUAACUCAACAUAACGUAUGCUUUUCAACGACGUAACUCGCAUUAUCCGAGACUAAUUGUUGUCUCGGUUGCUUUGCUGAAAUCAACCGGAUGCUUGAUGCUGUCCACGACUGGGCUCUAACCCACAGCUUCAAGGUACACACUGUUGGCAGGACUGGCUUUUAAAUUUGAUGAAAUUGAUUUUCCUCGCAGAAAAAAAAAUGUGCGAGAGAUAACUGUCUGUGCCAUCUGUUCACUCAAUCUGUGACCAUCCUUUUCCUUAUGAGAGUCAGCAGUCUGAGGCAUGUAGCCUAAUUUUGCUGAACUUGUUUUCUGGGAAUAUCCCCAAAUGUGGCCAAUUCUUACACUGCCUAUUUAAAAAUGCACAUACUUUAGGACUGCCAGCUUUUUCCAAGUGGAAUGUUAAGCACGCAAAAAAUGCAUCCGUCAAAUCCAGAUCACGUCUGUCCAAUGCUGAACUCUGUGUUUUCACUGGUAGUGUUUUCUUUUCUCCCACCUAGUUGAUUUCAGACUCUGGUUGAUAUUUUUGUCUGUAAAAUGCUGGUAUAUUGUUUUCUGUGCCUGUGUGGAUUCAUUGUAAACUGUGCUAAAUGAAUUUACUCCAACAGUGUGCACUGUACCAGGGGGGUAGUGUUGCACCCAGUCACUCAGACUUUUAGAUGAUAAUGCAAUCUGAAAUCCUUUUGGCCUAUGUGCUGUAGAUAAACUGGAGUCCGAAAUUAUUCAUGUCAAACGCUGUAAUAAGUCUUCAUAAUUGGUCAUGACAGGUGUUGUGUCAAAUACUGAAAGUAUAACUUAAACUUUAUGGCAUGUAGUUCAAGUUAAGUGUUACCAGUAUAUUAUAUCAUUCCCUUGGCAAUUUUUUUUUAAUUCUCAUUUUCCAUAGAAUAUUAACUGUGUAAAAAGUUAAAUAUAUACCUACUGUGUAAGACCACAUUGAACCAAUAAUAUAGAACAAAUAAUAUCAUGUGUACAAAACAAUGUUGUGUUGCAUUAAUCAAAGGGAAACGUUUAAUCAGUUUUAAGAAUGACUCAUCUGUUUUAUUUUGUGAGUGAUAUGGGAAUGUAGAUGAAGUUAUCAAAGUGUAUCAGUCUAAGCUGUCUGUCUUUGUAUUCUCUAAGUGUGUGAAGCUUAAAGAGGCCUGUUAAGACUAACACCAUCGGAAUGGUGGUCCAGUUCUGUCCUGAAGCCACUGUGUAAUAAAAAUCUGAGCAGGACUGAGAACUCCUUACCUCCUUUCUAUGAGCUGGAAAUAAUUGUAAGGUGAUCCUUGAUGUAAAUAAAAGUAACAUGCAAA